AUGCGGAGCGAUCGGUGGAAAGAUAUUCUUGCGGUUGGCUUUCUCGUCUUGACUCCCAUUUUGGCUAACGGCUCGAUGCUCGACAGACUGACGCUGGAGGGGAACGACUUGCUUAGUACGUGCCUUGCUCAGAAGAGCUCGCGAUGGGAGUGUUUGAAAAACGAAAGCCUCGCGACGAUUAAUCAUCUUGCGUAUGUUCCGUGUAUCAACGUGCUGGAUGGCAUCAACCUAGUGCGUGCCGAUAUCCUACGGUCAUCCGGUGACGCUAUGGCCAAUGAACAAUUGGCAGGUACGGCCGACGACGAGGCCCAGCGAUCUGCCGCACAAUCGUGGACCAACGCGGUCGUGGGUGCUCUGCGGCGGCUCUUCCAUACGCAUGUCCUAGAGAUUGACCUGCCGAACUCGAUGGGUCCAGUGUUCGCCUCUCAACGCCAGCAGCAACAGCACGCUGAUCAGUCACCGGUACUCGUUAUACGUUUUGUCGGAAGGCCCUCCUCCGCAUCCUAUGAAUCGUGGCGUGUUGAAGGACGUCACAGACGCCGCCAGCAGAUGAUACCGAUGAUGAUAUUCGGUGUGACCGUGUUCGGUAUGUUCAUUGUGCCGAUUGCGUUCCAGUUCCUCACAGCGCUCAGCGGUAAAGCGUUCCUAAUGGCUAAACUGGCCUUGUUGCUCGCGUCCAUCAAUGGCCUUAAACGGGUUGCAUCGACCGGGGUGCACUACGGAUUGUACCAUGCCGUGGACGGCUAUCCAACACCACACCACGGAGCGGCGGUUCCGGGCCACCGUGUGCCUUUCGGUCCUGGUCCACUACUGUACGAUCGAGCCGAAGCGUAUGCCGAAGGCCCACGGAAUGGUGACCUUGCAUUGUAG